AUGUCGGACACAAAACAACCGGUGGCCUUCAUCGGCCUCGGGGCCAUGGGCUUCGGCAUGGCCACUCAUCUCAUCAAGCAAGGCUACCCCGUAACCGGCUUUGAUGUCUGGCCCCCAACCCUCGAGAAGUUCUCGGCCGCCGGCGGUCUCACGGCCUCCACCCCGGCCUCGGCCGUGGCCGACAAGCCGCUCUGCGUCUGCAUGGUAGCCACUGCGCAACAAGCCCAAUCUGUGCUCAUCGACGGGCCAGACGCCGCCGCUCCAACUCUGCCCCAAGGAGCUGUCCUCCUCCUCUGCUCCACCGUCCCCUGUGACUAUGUCCAAUCUCUUGCCAAGCAGCUCUCCGCCAUUGGCCGUCCGGACAUUCAUCUGAUCGACUGCCCUGUCUCCGGCGGUGCCGCCCGCGCCGCCGACGGCACCCUUUCCAUCAUGGCGGGAGUGCCCUCCGAAGAAGCCCUUGGCAAGUCCAAGCCGCUUCUGGAAGAGCUUGCGGACCCAGCCAAGCUGUACAUCGUCCAGGGCGGCAUCGGCGCCGGCAGCAACAUGAAGAUGGUGCACCAAGUGCUUGCGGCUGUGCAGAUUCUCGCGGCGAGCGAGGCCAUGGGGUUUGCCACUCAUCUGGGACUGGACCUAGCAAAGACGAACGAGGCCGUUCUCAACUCGAAUGCGUGGAACUGGAUGUUUGAGCACCGGACGCCGAGGAUGUUGACAGGCUAUCAGCCCAUUGCGAGUGCGACGGUGAUCAUUGUCAAGGAUACGAGCAUCAUCACGGCCGAGGCCAGGAGGAGCGGGUUCCCCACGCUGAUGACGAGCGUGGCCGAGCAAGUGUAUUUCUCAGCCGUAGGAAGGGGAUACGGGGCGGACGACGACAGCGGGCUGGUAAGGCUGUAUGCCGAAGGCAAGGGCAAGGUUGGACCGGUUCAAGGGACCGCUGGAAGUGACGAGGAGAAGCUAGCGCUGGUGAUCGGACUGUUGAAGGGGAUAUUGCUUUGCUCGGCGGCGGAGGCCCUGGCUUUCGCGGAUAAGGUUGGACUGGACCUCGACCAGGUGUUUGACCUGUGUAUCAACGCGGCGGGAGGAAGUCGGAUGCUGAACAAGUAUGGCCCCAGUAUCAUCAAGGCUUUCCGGGAGGGCACGGCGAGGCAGGGAUGGACUGCUGCCGAGAGCAAGACGAGUCUCCAGGAGGUUGCAGAUGGUCUCUUUGCGGCUGUUGAGGAGGCUCAGAGACUUAAAGCGCCUGUUUUCUUGGGCAGCCAGGCGUUGAAUGUCAUCCGGCUUGCGCUGCAGUCGAGCCCAGCUGGAGUUGCGGCGGGGGCUGUUGUGAAGGUGCUGAUCCUUCUCGUCUCCUGGUUUCCAUACCAAAGGGUCGAAAGCUGUUCAGGUUUACCCUUCCAGCCGGUCACGAUCCGCUCAGAGCAAGAUCAUCUGGUCAAAGCCAAGAUGGAGAGAGCUUUCCGUCCUCACUUCUUCAACCACGGGAAGCCAGAUGCCAACCCAGAAGAGACAAGAAACUGUCACUGGUGUCAGAUCCGAUCCUUCGCCACCCAUACUCAGCUCCCCAUCUCCAUCGUCAACCACGAAGACGAUGCCUUCCUCAACCCAAACUUCCGUUUUAUCGACCACUCGGUGAUAGGCAAAAACGUUCCUGUGGCCGACCAGUCUUUCCGUGUAGGCUGCUCCUGCGCCAGCGACGAGGAGUGCAUGUACUCAACAUGUCAGUGUCUCGACGAAAUGGCGCCAGAUAGCGACGAGGAAGCCGAUCCCUAUACCCGGAAGAAGCGAUUUGCCUACUACUCUCAGGGAGCGAAAAAGGGACUGUUGCGAGAUAGAGUCUUGCAAUCCCAGGAGCCCAUCUACGAGUGUCAUGAGGGUUGCGCCUGUUCCAAGGACUGCCCAAACCGAGUGGUAGAACGCGGCCGGACUGUGCCGCUACAGAUCUUUAGGACCAAAGAUAGGGGUUGGGGCGUCAAGUGCCCCGUUAAUAUCAAGAGGGGGCAAUUCGUGGACCGGUACUUGGGCGAAAUCAUUACUAGCGAGGAGGCCGACCGGCGACGAGCAGAGUCGACUAUUGCCAGACGGAAGGACGUUUAUUUAUUCGCCCUCGAUAAGUUUUCCGACCCGGAUUCUCUAGAUCCCCUACUGGCCGGGCAGCCGUUGGAGGUCGACGGCGAGUAUAUGAGUGGGCCUACUAGGUUCAUCAAUCACAGCUGCGAUCCCAAUAUGGCCAUCUUUGCUCGGGUGGGCGACCACGCCGAUAAGCAUAUCCACGACCUUGCCCUGUUCGCCAUCAAGGAUAUCCCCAAAGGGACGGAGUUGACAUUCGACUAUGUCAACGGACUGACAGGGCUGGAGAGCGACGCGCAUGACCCGUCAAAGAUAUCGGAGAUGACCAAAUGUCUCUGUGGAACUGCCAAGUGCAGAGGCUAUCUGUGGUAA